AUGAAAAAGUUCAAUUUGGAAAAACUUCGUGAGAAAGCAAUCAAUUGGGCAAUAAUUACUGAGUUGAUAACGAAUCAACAGUAUAUAAAAUAUGAGAGUCAACUUGAAGGUGUGAUAUCAUCAGUAAAGCAUUUUCUCAUCACGUACAUAUUUUGUACGCCCUCAACUGCCGAACUUCAGUGA